AUGAGCACCAAGCACGUCUUCCCUACGGCCGUCGGCCUUGUUGAGAAGGCAGAGCGCGGAGCCAUUGCCCUCAACCCUGCUUUGCGAUUGUGAGUCCGCACUGCGGGUGAAAGCCCUGCACGGUACUGGAAGCUUGAGCUAAUGCUCGCACGGACUCGAUAUUCAGCUACGCCCCCCACAAGGUAAUUUACGACUGCACUCACAGCAACGAGAAAGUUGCCAUCAUCUCUGGCGGUGGUGCUGGUCACGAGCCUGGUCACGCGGGGGUAAUCGGACGCGGCAUGCUCACAGCUGCCAUCUCCGGUGAGGUCUUCGCGUCCCCGAGCGCAAGCCAGAUCUGCUCUGGUCUUGAUCUGGCCAACACAGACGCGGGUGUCAUCAUUGUCGUCAACAACGUGAGUGAAGCGGACAUCAACACGCAUUCGCGGAUGCCAUUUUGACACGCAUCCCACACGCACGCUCAGUACACUGGUGAUUGCUUGAAUUUUGGCCUUGCCGCCGAGAAAGCGCGCGCUGCUCUCGCCUACUCUGGCAACAAGAAGAGCGGAGGUGUCGAGCUUGUCAUCAUUGGUGAUGACGUCGCAGUUGGCCGCAAAAAGGGAGGUCUCGUAGGACGUCGUGGACUUGGAGGUAACAUCUUCACCUGCAAGAUUCUCGGUGCAGGGUCCGAAAAGGGUCUCAAUGUCUCCCAGCUCAAGAAGCUCGGUGACAGCACGAUUGCAAAUACCGUGACUGUGGGUAUGUCUCUAGACCACUGCCACGUCCCUGGUCGCCCCAAAGACCCCGCCGAGUGGGGUGCUCUGCCCCAAGAUGCUUGCGAGAUCGGUCUCGGAAUCCACAACGAGCCCGGAUUCAAGCGCUUGGACAGGGUCCCUGACCCAGACAGUCUGAUCGAGGAGAUGCUGUCGUACCUCUUGAACCCCAACGACCCCGACCGUCAUUACCUCGACUUUGACAAGGAUGACGCACCUGUCCUCUUCAUCAACAAUCUUGGUGGUAUGAGCCAGCUCGAGAUGAACGCAAUCACGGACGUGACCAUUACGCACCUGGGUGAGUUAUGAAGCGAGACAUGAAUUACUGACCGCCUUAAAGGCUGACUCCCGCAAAUUUUGUCUGCAGCCAAGACGUGGGGCUUGCACCCGAGCCGAGUCUUCUGUAACCAGUACAUGACCUCGCUCAACGCACCAGGGUUCGGCAUUUCCCUUGUCAACCACAAGAAUGUCAAGAAAGAGACUGGCCAAGAUAUGCUCGAGCUUUUGGAUGCCCCAACUGAUGCUUACGCGUGGUCAGGCGUCAAGAGCGGAUGGGGUCCAGCUACCGGCAAGCCGCGCGACCGCGAAGCAGAAGAGAAGGAGGCGGCAGACCACCUCGCCAAGAUCCGCUCGCAAGGUGGGAGCGUUAGUGGUCUGAGCCAAGAUGCAAGCCAAUCCAGCGGCGGGCCCUCCAACGGCAACCCCGAAGAAGUGCGCAAGGCCAUCGAGGGAGCUUGCAAGUCGGCCAUCGCUGCUGAACCCGAUCUUACUCGAUUCGACACUAUCGUCGGUGAUGGCGACUGCGGCGAGACGCUUGCUACUGCAUCCAACGCUGUGCUCAAGGCACUUGCCGAUGGCAAAAUCGACUUGAGCAACGCUGCCGGCACCUGCUUGACGACUGGCACCGUGCUCGAGAGCGCCAUGGGGGGUACUAGCGGAGCUAUCUACGCGCUCUUCUUUGCCGGUCUUGUGCAAGGUCUGGUGAACGGAAGCGGCAAGAGUGGCCAGCCCGCAACGGCAGCCGAUUGGGGAAAUGCCGCCAAGUCUGCGCUAGAGAAUUUGGGCAACUACACUCCUGCACGUCCUGGCGACAGAACUCUGGUCGAUGCCCUCACUCCCUUGUGCUUGUCGUUGGGCGAAGGCAAGAGCUUGACUCAGGCUGCCGCCGACGCCAAAGCUGGAGCUGAAGCCACCAAGACGAUGACGGCUCGUCUGGGCAGAGCUACGUACGUUGGUGGAACGGAGAACAAUGCCGACAUGCCCCCUGACCCUGGAGCGUGGGGAGUUUGGGCCCUCGCUGAUGGUCUCGCCAAGGCCCUCAGUUAA